GCGGGGAGGAAGCAAAGCGCAGCGAGAGAGACCAACCAUGUCGGCCGAGGACGUCGCCAAGGCCUUCGUGCAGCACUACUACACCACGUUCGACACGAACCGGGCGGGGCUCGCCAGCCUCUACCAAGGCGUGUCGAACAUGAGCUGGGAGGGCCAGAUGUCCACGGGCCAGCAAGCCAUCAUGGCCAAGCUGCAGGGACUGCCGGCCGUGCGCCACGAGUUCCCCACCGUGGACAUCCAGCCGUCCACGUCGGGCAACGCCAUGAUCAUCUUCGUGCAGGGCAAGAUCCAGAUCGAGGAGAACAACCCGAUCCAGUUCACGCAGGUGUUCCAGCUCGUGGCCCACCAGCCCGGCCAGUACUACAUCCACAACGACGUCUUCCGCCUGCAGUACGGAUAAGCGACGGGCUCGCUACGUUAGUUCCAAGUCGGCAGGCACGCGGGCGGAGGCUCUACCAG